AUGAGUCUGCCAGAGGUCGUCACACUGGAUGGUAAUGAUGAUGGAGGCUUUGGUAGUCCACACAACGAAGAAGCAAGUGUCCCUUCCAGUGAUGUGGAGCUGCCCUUGGACCUGGUGCCAGUAAGGAUGGUCUUCAUGGAGGCUUGCAUUUUGUUACAUUGUAUUUCUAUUUCAGAACUCAACAAGAACCCAGUGGAGGGCUUUUCAGCUGGCUUAAUAGACGAUGAGGAUAUAUAUAAAUGGGAGGUUGUCAUCAUAGGGCCACAAGACACCCUCUUCGAAGGAGUUUUUUUUAAAGCAUACCUGACCUUUCCCUAUGAUUAUCCUCUACGGCCUCCCAAGAUGAAGUUCAUCAAUGAAAUCUGGCAUCCUAAUGUGGCAAAGAAUGGCGACGUCUGUAUCUCAAUUCUGCAUGAGCCAGGAGAGGACAAGUUUGGCUAUGAGAAGCCAGAGGAACGUUGGCUUCCAAUUCACACUGUAGAGACGAUUAUUGUCAGUGUAAUCUCCAUGCUGGCCGACCCAAACAGUGAUUCGCCUGCUAAUGUGGAUGCUGCGGUGAGUUGGAAAUGGAGUUUGUGCUGUGGGUUCAAGAGAAAGGUGGCUCACUGUGUACGGAAAAGCCAGGAGAUGGCAUUUGACUAG